AUGGAAGUUUACGUCGAUGAUAUGCUUGUAAAGAGUACCAGGGCCACCCAUCACGUCGACCAUUUGGGGGAAAUGUUUUGUGUAUUAAGGAGAUACCACAUGAAGUUAAACCCCCUAAAGUGCACCUUUGGAGUCGGAUCGGGGAAAUUCCUCGUUUUCAUGGGCAGUAACCGGGGAAUAGAGGCUAACCCUGAAAAGAUAAAAGCCUUGCAGGAUAUGAGGUCUCCAACUAAUCCAAAAGAGGUUCAAAGGUUGACAGGGUGUGUCGCCGCUCUAAACAGAUUCAUAUCAAAGGCAACAGAAAAGUGUGUCCCCUUCUUCGACGCUUUAAAAAGAAGUAAGCAUUUUGAAUGGACGCCACACUGUGAGGAGGCCUUCCAAAAAUUAAAAGAGCACCUGGGCAUGCUGCUGAUCCUAUCAAAACCCAUCACCAACGAAGAGCUAAGCCUAUACCUCUCCGUGUCACAACACGCCAUGAGCUCUGUGCUGAUAAGAGAGGAAGAAAAAGUCCAGCUGCCAGUCUACUAUGUAAGCAAAAGACUCCUCGACGCAAUUAAGGGGCAGGCGCUGGCGGACUUCCUAGCUGAGUUCUCUCAUAGGCCAACUCCCUCCACACACGAAGUCAAGACGACAAGGUGGAGGCUCUACGUAGAUGGAGCAUCGAACGAAAACGGGUCAGGAGCCGGUGUCCUAUUGAUCAACCCAGAAGGCCACAAAAUUACUUCGGCGGUACGAUUUAAAUUCAAGGCGUCGAAUAAUGAAGCCGAGUACGAAGCACUGAUUGCCGGAUUACGAUUGGCGAAUCAUUUAAAAGUCGAGAGGCUCGGCAUCUUCAGUGAUUCUCAACUGGUCGUUGGACAAGUAAAUGAAGAAUACCAAGCGCGCGGUGAAAAAAUGGGUGCAUACUUGAGAAAAGUAAAGGAAGAGCUCGUCUGCUUCAAAAGCUAUGAAAUACUUCAAAUACCACGAGCUGAGAACACCAACACCGACGCCUUGGCGAAACUAGCAUCAUCCAGGGAUUUCGACAUGCUAGGGAUUGUUCCCAUCGAAGACCUGGAGCGGCCAACAAUUGAGGAAAAAAUUGAGGCCUUGACCAUCCAGACGGACGAGGGUUGGAUGACACUACUAAUCCAAUAUCUGACAAAUGCAAAGCUGCCAAGUGAUAAAGAUGAGGCCCAACGACUCAGAUAUAGAGCCGCCAGGUACCUAUUAUACGACGGUUUGCUUUACCGACGAGGCUACUCCACGCCUUUGCAGCGAUGCCUAAACGAUGGCGAAGCCCAGAGGGUCCUCCAGGAAAUCCAUGAAGGAGUAUGCGGUAAUCAUACUGGGGGACAGUCUUUAGCUCUCAAGGUUUUGAGACAGGGAUAUUAUUAG